UUUUGGUUUUAUAAUAGUAAUAAAAAUAGUCAUAAAAUUUCAAAUUCAAAUGCACUAUGGGAUUUAGAAUGAUUUUUAAAAGACCUGUUACAUUUUUUUUGGGCAUGAUUUUAAAAAAGAGUUUUUUGAACAAUGGCAACAGAAUGAUUCAUUUUAAUAACAAAAAUGUGGUUUUGUUUUUGCAAAACAAAAUAAAUAUUUACAACCCAAUGAUUUUAUUUGCUCGAAAAAUGUUUAUCCGUGUUCAAGACACACCAAAUCCUAACAGUCUCAAGUUUAUUCCAGGAUGUAAAGUUCUUGAAAGUGGCACUGUUGAUUUUCCCACUCCUUCUCAUGGUUAUCGGUCCCCACUAGCUCGUCAACUUUUUCGCAUAAAAGGAGUGAGAUCUAUUUUUUUUGGUAAAGAUUUUAUUACCAUAUCAAAAUCAGAUGAUGAUGAUGUUUCAUGGGUGCUGUUGAAACCUGACAUAUAUGCCGUAAUAAUGGAUUUCUUUGCUAGUAAUUUGCCUGUUUUAACUGAUGACGUACCUGCUCAAGAUACUAUUGCAGCAGAAGAUGAUAAUGAGACUGUAUUAUUGAUAAAAGAACUCUUAGAUACUAGAAUACGACCAACUGUUCAAGAAGAUGGUGGAGACAUUAUCUUUAAAGGUUUUGACAGUGUAUCAGGUAUUGUAAAAUUAAAACUACAAGGUUCCUGCUCUAGCUGUCCCAGCUCAUCUGUGACCCUUAAAAAUGGGGUUCAAAAUAUGAUGCAGUUUUAUAUCCCAGAAGUCACUGGCGUUGAAGAAGUUGAAGAUGAGCUUGAUCAAAUAAGUAAUGAUGAAUUCAAGAAACUGCAAGAAAAGUUGGAUAACAAAUAAUAUGUUUGUUUAGAUAAUAUUUAUAAAAAUUAUUUUAAUACCAACAAAAUGUUAUUUUAAUAGUAUUACACAUUUUAACAUUAAUAACAUAAAAUGAAUUUAUAUUUAAGAUUAAAAAAAAAUAUUUUGGUUAUUAAAGUAAUAUUAAUUAUUUAAAUGUAAUAACAUAAAAUAAUUUUUUGAUUUUCUUUUUUUGAAAGCAAAAGUUCAAUUAUUUAAAUGCAACUAAUUAUGUUUAGAAAAAUUAAAAAGUUUAUUAAAGUUAUUAUUGAACAUAGAAUGAGUUAGUUGCCACCAAUUAAUCCACUUAGUUUCUUUUGAGGCAGUUUGUUACAAAAAAUAAUUUUUUACAAAAAAAAAUUGUUACAAAAAAAAUUGUUGUUACCUUGCAAUUUAGGACUUAAUUAUUAUUAAAAACUUAAAAAUAAUAAUGAAGAGUUUAAUAAUUACUAAAGAAGUAUAAAUUUUAUGGUGGUGUAAAAUUUAUGAUCAUGUAAUCACGCUUCAUAACUUUUUUUGCAAUGAAAAAUAAGUUAUAUAAUCAGGCUUCAUAACUUUUUGUUAGAAAAAAUAAAAUUGCUUUUUUAAAAUGCUUGUGCGAUAAGUUGUAGGUUCAUCAACAUUGAUCAACCACUAAUUUUUUCAAAACAAUUUUUGUGUUUCAAACUUAACUCUUUUAACCAAGCAAUACUUGUGGAAACCAGAAGUGUUGCUUGAUGGGAUCUUGAAAAUGAAAUUUAUACAUUAAUAUUAUUUUUUUAUAAGUUUAUUUGCCUAUUGUAUACAUAGAAAGUAUUUCGAAAGUCUUGAGUAAAAAGUACGCACAGAACACUGAAAGCACAAAUAAUUAUUUUAUUAUGCAGAAUAUAUACUUAAAUGAUCUUUUUGUAAAUAUUUUUUUGUUUUUUUUGUUUUAUACUUAAAGUAACUAAUAGCAACUUGGUUUCUAAGAACAGGUUUUUAAUA